ACAAUAGAUCUAGCCAGCUCCCUGGUUUCAUCACAAUAAUAUUCAAAUAGGUCAAAGAGUGAUGUCAUUUUCAUCAUCGCCUGAAGCUUCGCUUGUCUCCAAUGAAGCCGUUGUGACACCCACAACCCUCAAUUUCGCUCCUCUCCAACCUUCUUCUGGGCCAGGGCUUCAAGUGUAGAGACUGAAGAUAUCUUCCACCCCGAGGGUACAUCACAGUAGCAGCCAUGUGGUCCGUUGUUCCGACUACGACCGCUACUCAGAGACAUGCAGUUCUCACGGCGUUGGUGGCUGGUGCCAGUGCUACAGCAGUUUGGUGCAAUCCCAAUUCCACUACUACUAGCUUUCUGGAAACAGCCAACAAGAAACAAGUGACCAAAAACAACCACAAAGACGAGGAAGAAUCCAAUCCCAUUGAAGUCAACUUGAUGGACAAAAUUGCCCACAAAGUCUACCUGAAUCCCUCUCGGGCUCGCCUCCAGGCUGGUUCCUCAUCGGUGGAACCUGUAGUGACAGAGCGUCCUCUGGGUGUACCCACCCAUUUGCGCAUUUUGGCCAUUGAUAUGCCCGAAAUGAGACAACGAGCCUUUUCCAAUGGAGACUGUCGAGUGGCGUUUGACAAGGUCUACCCCGACGGCGUGGCACCUCCCAAGCAAGUCUUUUCAGGACAAGGAGAAAGCAAUGAGCAUGACAAGAAGAACAAAAAGAAACUAGAUGUGCCACAAAAAGUCUGGGUCAAAUCCAUGAUCCGGUGUCUACAAAAGGACACGCCAAAGGUUGGUGUGGAAAUGAUGGAAGCUUCGUUUGCGGACUUGAAUCCGCAGAAUUUGAGGGCGACACGACAAUUAGGAGAAUACCAUUACGAUCCUGGUAAAUACACUCACCACAAACCCAUGGCGACCAGCAGUAGUAGUACCACUAGUAAUGAUACGGAUGCACCGACAGAAAUCGCAGUGACAACCAUGCAAGAAGCAGAUGAACUGGAUGCUCCAUGGAAUCAGUAUGCCUUUAUUGAAGAAGUCACACUGAGGAUUCAUGGAUACAUACCCUUUGGAGCUUCUCUAGAACCAUCCUCGCGGUGGGGUCGGUUCCUGACUGGAAACCACUACAAAUCCACCGUUCCAUCACAACUGUCAUUUUGGCAGUGGCCGUUGCCAUCCUUUCUGCAGUCAGAUCCACAGGGGUUAGAUGGGGGAGGUACCAAAGUCAGAAACAACAAAGAAAACAGCAACAACAAUCCACACAACAACUGGGCAUCCCAAAAACCCCAUGCUGUCAUUGCCAAUGGAGCUGCAGUCCAACGUGUCCCCAGUGGCUUGCGGUUGUUGCAAAAAACCUGUCAAGACGCAAAUGUGCCAUUGUUUGUGCUACACGAUCCAAGAGCUUGGGGCGGCAAUACGCAUGAAAAUCUACAACAAGCUCUGCGGGACGUCCGUUUCAUCGUCAAACAAAACAUUAUCCUGGCCGCCAUGGAAGAACAGUCUGGGUUUUCAAGGGGGAAACUCGUUGGGCGCAUGGAACGACAAAUCGAAGUGUGGGGAGAACAGUCUCGAGUGGACAGGCAACGACGACAAGAAACACUGCGGAGACGACAGUGGCAUAAACUGGAUGCUGUAUCGCUGGAAAAGCGAUUGGUGGAACAUGGCGUCAUUCGGCGUGAGGAUCGCGUUGAAGAUGGCAAAGUGCAUCGACGAUACACACCCGCCAUGAUGGAAAUUGCUCGUCAAUGCGUGGCAGACAUGGAAGAGGAGAAUGGUGCAGUGUCAAAUAAUGAUCAGCAGCAGCAACAGCAAGAACAAAACAACUAACUUUAGUAGCAAUAACAUCACUCAACGUGCGGCGACACAAUCGACCAAGUCUUAUUCCGCUUGACUGG